AUGAGUGCCGUCAACAAGAUCGACCCCAGCAGCCCCUCGAGGCAGAAGCCCUCCGAGCUCGAGCAGAGCAUCGCCCAGGCUCUCUAUGACCUCGAGACCAACACUGCCGACCUGAAGAUCGCCCUGCGACCCCUUCAGUUCGUCUCCGCGCGAGAGAUCGAAGUUGGCCACGGCAGGAAGGCUAUUGUCAUCUUUGUCCCCGUCCCUUCCCUUCACGGCUUCCACCGAGUUCAGCAGCGCUUGACUCGUGAGCUCGAGAAGAAGUUCUCUGACCGCCACGUCCUCUUCCUCGCCUCCCGCCGCAUUCUCCCCCGCCCCCGCCGCUCUGCCCGUGCCCGCAACACCCAGAAGCAGAAGCGUCCCCGCUCCCGAACCCUCACCGCCGUCCACGACGCCAUCCUCACCGACCUCGUCUACCCCGUCGAGAUCGUCGGCAAGCGUCUCAGGACCAAGGAGGACGGCAACAAGAUCCUCAAGGUCAUCCUCGACGAGAAGGAGCGUGGCGGUGUUGACUACAGGCUCGAUACCUACUCUCAGGUUUACCAGAAGCUCACUGGCCGCAACGUCAACUUCGAGUUCCCCCAGGUUGCCUCUGAGUUCUAA